AUGCAUUACCAUAUAUUAUUGCUAGUUCUGCCGUACCUCGUUUCUUCUGCAAACCUCGAAUGUUUCGAGAAAUCGUCGCAAAAAUCACUUCUGGCUCGCCCUCUUUUGUCCCUAAAAGGUCUUUCGGUUCAAAAAUGCGUCGAAGCAUGCAUGGAAAUGCCACGUGAAUCUUGCAAAAGUUUCACCUACAAUCAAAAAUCAAAAAUGUGCCAAUUGAAUGGAAAAUCAAAAAUGGAUGUGAAAAUUGCGAAGAAUCCGAUGGCUGACUAUUAUCACCGAAAAUGCUUUGGAAAGGUUGCAAGACGUCGUGAUGUCACCCCAGGAAACGCAAACUGUUUCGCAGUGACUCCGGGAAAAGUUUUGAUCGGAAUUGUGGACCAACUGAUUCGUGAUGUUCCAUCAAUCACAUCUUGUCAAGAACAUUGCGCAAAUAGUCAAUCGAAACAUGAUGUCACUUGCAAAAGUGCUAUGUAUUACGAGGCUGAAAAGGAAUGCAUUAUUGCUUCACAGGCUAAAGCUGAUAUACCUGAUUUGUUUAUCGAUGAUGACAAGUCUGUGUACAUCGAGAAUUCCUGCCUUGAUGGUUCCGACAAAUCAAUUACUUUGAAAUCAUCAGAUGUGUUCAAAGGAUCUUCAAAGUUUUCAGAAGAUGAUGAAGUAUUUAAAAUUGAAAAAACAACGCUCGCUACUGUUCUUCAUAAAAGUGGGAUAUCCAGUGGGGAUGCGGGGACUAAGCUCGAAUUCUCUGGAUACGACGGACCCUCAGAUUCUGUGAGCAAACUAGAUCAAGAAGAUAUUUUAACAACGACCACUACAACGACAACGACAACCCCGAAACCAACGACAACGCAAAAAGCCGUUAAUCCACAUAUUGUUGAUUCAUACAAUGUUGUGAGCAAUACAAAAAGCGAUUAUGGUAGAAGAUUGAGGGACACAAGAGUCCGCGAGUGUUUCGUAGAAGUUCGACCCAAAGGAAAGGUUGAAGCAAUUCGUGUAGUCAAAGCGUACUCAUUGGAGCAAUGCACAGAUAUGUGCCGACUUUGUGUGAAAUGCUUAGCGAAACAGAAAAAGUGUCACGCGGUUGCGUUCGAUAUCACCCGCGAGUUGUGCGCACUCUCGGCCAAAACCAUCAUGGACGGCGGAAAAUUCACCGAUGACAUCAUUUAUCAUAAUAGAGUUGAUUGCUAA